UCGUGACCUUGAUCUAGUUACUGAAGGACACAGGGACAGUAUAAACACGGCAACUUCCACCCGGAUUCUGCACAAUUUCUCACCUGACAGAAGCGCAACAUGACUCUCACUUCUUCCGAAGUUGAAACGAAGCCUUUUGAAGGCCAGAAGCCAGGAACAAGUGGUCUUCGUAAGAAUGUAAAAGUAUUUCAACAAGGGAAUUACACUGAGAAUUUCAUCCAGUGUACGCUUGAUGCGUUGGGGGAGAAACUCGCCGGUUCGACUUUAGUUGUAGGAGGAGAUGGGCGAUUUUUCGGAAAGGAAGCUGUUGGCAUCAUCGUGCAGAUGGCAGCUGCUAACGGGGUUUCCAAGCUCCUUAUUGGUCAGAAUGGCAUCCUGUCCACCCCGGCCGUGUCCUGCGUCAUCAGGAAGUAUGGCACUGAUGGGGGCAUUAUUCUCACUGCCAGUCACAACCCAGGAGGCCCUAAUGGAGACUUUGGGAUAAAGUUUAAUAUUGCCAAUGGAGGCCCUGCUCCAUCAGGUGUAACAGAUAAAAUUUUCGAGCUGUCAAAAUCAAUAACCAAGUACAAAAUCUGUAAAGAUCUCAAUGUGGAUCUUUCUAAAUUAGACACUCAUGAUUUCACGGUUGAUGGAAGAAAGUUCACCGUGCAAGUUAUUGACUCUGUAGAGGAUUAUUGUGGACUGAUGAAGGAGAUCUUUGAUUUUGGUGCCAUAAAGGAACUGCUGACAGGACCUUCAGCUUUAAAUAUAACACUGAAUGCUCUUCAUGGAGUCAUGGGGCCUUAUGUGAAACGAAUAGUUUGCCAGGAGCUUGGUGCCCCAGAGACUAGUGCAGUGAACUGUGUCACUUUGCCGGACUUCGGAGGUGGCCAUCCUGACCCCAAUCUUACAUAUGCAGCUGAACUUGUAGAUGAAAUGAAAAAGGGAAACCAUGGCUUUGGUGCAGCUUUUGAUGGAGAUGGGGACCGUAACAUGAUCCUUGGUAAGAAUGCCUUUUUCAUCACCCCAUCUGACUCUCUGGCUGUGAUAGCUGCCAAUAUGGAGUGUAUCCCUUACUUCAAGAAGACAGGGGUUAGGGGGUAUGCCAGGAGCAUGCCCACUGCUGGGGCAGUAGACAGGGUUGCUAAAGCUUUGGGAAAAGAAAUCUUUGAAGUACCAACAGGCUGGAAAUUUUUUGGUAAUCUCAUGGAUGCAGGGCGACUGUCGUUGUGUGGAGAGGAAAGUUUUGGGACAGGCUCAGAUCACAUAAGGGAGAAGGAUGGUCUGUGGGCAGUCCUGGCUUGGCUAAGUAUUCUUGCCAAUAGAAAACAAAGUGUGGAGGGUAUUGUGCAGGAUCAUUGGAAGAAGUUUGGAAGAAAUGUUUUCACCAGGUAUGACUAUGAGGAAGUGGACAGUGCACCAGCUGACAAAAUGAUGGCCAAACUUAAUGACCUGGUUGGUGACCCUUCAUUUGUUGGCAAGUCCUUCUCCCAUGGAGACAAGGUUUACAAGGUGGCCCUGGCAGACAACUUUGAAUACACAGAUCCAAUAGAUGGUAGCGUGACAAAAAAGCAGGGUAUAAGGAUUGUUUUUGAAGAUGGAUCUCGUAUUGUGUUCCGUCUGAGUGGAACAGGCAGCAGUGGCGCCACCAUUAGAAUGUAUAUUGACAGCUAUGAAUCUGAUCAGGCCAAACUGAAUGGUGAUGCUCAGGAAAUGUUGAAACCUCUGGUAGAAAUUGCUCUUCAAAUCUCGCAGCUACGAGAGCUAACUGGUAGAGAAAAACCUACAGUGAUCACCUAAAAAUGAAACAGCUUGUUCUUUUGUUUUGGCUUUUAAACCCCAGCUUUUAAUGAAAUUUCUCCAUGUGGUGAUGAUGAAAACGUACCACGUUUGACACAAUAAGUAUGAUUUAUUCAGCUAACAUUGAAUAUAAACAUUAGAAAUUAAUUAAAAAUCAAAACUGUAUCCAAAAUGUUGCAAUACCUCAUUGCCAUACUAUAGCAAAGUUAUGCAUUUUUAUAUUAGGUUUUAGGAUUUUUUUUUUUUUUUUUUUUUUUUUUGAUGAAAAAAAUUUUCAUCCAGCUUAAUACUAUGCUCCAUGUAAUGGAGAUGGCUAUAAGACUUAUCAGAUGCAAGGGUCACUUGGACAUGGAGUCCAUCAAAAAUGCAUCAAGUUAAACUGCUGUUCAAAGUGUUGAGACUCACGAGCAGGGAAUUUUUCAAAAACUUAAUCCUAGGGAAAUUUAGCCCUUCCAUUGUUUAACAAUAUUAAUGUGCAUUUAACUGGAUUGAUAUCCUUUUCCAAUUGUUUUUGUCAUUUGUUCCGAGGUUUGUUUUGAAAGGGGUGAAGGGUAUAAAAUGAAAAGCACAGUUGUGAGAUUUGUUACUAGCAGCUUCCUUAUGUAUGUGUCAAAUGAAAAUACUUCAAAAAUGCUAAUUAAGUGCAUUUAGAACAAAUUUAAUGUGUUAGUUUCUGUAAAGUGAUGUUUUGUUUAUGUAAAUAACAAUUAUAAGAAAUGUGAAUCUAAGUGUUUUUAGGAAUAUUAACAUCAAUUGAUAUGUAAUAAAACUGGUGCUCUUUAUGAAGUUUUAAACCAUUUAUUUUGCAACUUUGUGUUAUCUUAUGGUCAUCAAAAUAUUAUG